UGUUUUACCUGUCGCACGAUGACGUAAGCACGUAAUAGAGGAAAAGGAACCGAAGAGUCCAUGAUAUGUUACAUACCUGUCGAAAAUUGAAACAUUUUGUAUGGAAUAAUUGUAGUGUUUAACUUAAUGGUUAAACUUCAUGUAUUACUUUUAGUUGGUCUUUAAACACUUCAGUAGUAGAAUGUCGGCUUCAGCAGUGUUCGUGUUGGAUUUGAAAGGAAAGGUGCUGAUAUGCCGGAACUACAAAGGCGAGACAGACAUGUCAGAGAUCGACCACUUCCUGCCCCUGCUGAUGGUUCAGGAAGAAGAGGGCCUCCUCUGUCCUGUCCUAACUCACGGCAAUGUCCACUUCUUGUGGAUCAAGCACAGCAACCUGUACCUGGUGGCUACUACCAACAAGAACGCCAAUGCUUCCUUGGUCUACGCCUUCUUGUAUAAACUUGUGGAGGUGUUUACUGAGUAUUUCACGGAGCUGGAGGAGGAAAGCAUUCAGGAUAACUUUGUGGUGGUGUAUGAGUUACUGGAUGAGCUGAUGGACUUUGGCUUUCCCCAGACCACCGACAGCAAGAUCCUCCAGGAAUACAUCACUCAGGAGGGCACCAAACUGGAGGUGACUAAGGCCAGGGUCCCCACAACCGUCACCAACGCCGUGUCUUGGAGGUCAGAGGGCAUCAAGUACAAAAAGAACGAGGUCUUCAUUGACGUUAUAGAGUCCAUUAAUGUGUUGGUGAACGCCAAUGGGACCGUGAUGAGCAGUGACAUCGUGGGCAGUGUCAAACUGAAGACUAUGCUCUCCGGCAUGCCGGAGCUCCGACUGGGCCUCAACGAUCGAGUGCUUUUUGCACUUACUGGCCGAGACAAGGGUAAGACUGUGUCUAUAGAAGAUGUGAAGUUUCACCAGUGUGUGCGUCUGUCUCGUUUUGAGAGCGACCGCACCAUAUCCUUCAUUCCCCCAGAUGGCGAAUCCGAGCUCAUGUCCUACCGUAUCAACACUCAUGUGAAGCCUCUGAUUUGGAUCGAGUCGGUCGUUGAGAAGUUCUCCCACAGUCGUGUAGAGAUUAUGGUGAAGGCAAAGGGUCAGUUUAAAAAGCAGUCAGUUGCUAAUAAUGUGGAGGUACGAAUCCCAGUGCCCAGUGAUGCAGACUCCCCUAAGUUUAAAACGAGCACAGGCCACGCCAAAUAUGUCCCAGAGAAAAACCUUGUCGUGUGGACCAUCAAAUCAUUCCCCGGGGGGAAGGAGUUCCUCAUGCGUGCUCACUUUGGGCUCCCCAGCGUGGAGAAUGCUGAGAUGGAGGGAAAACCACCCAUCACAGUCAAGUUUGAGAUCCCAUACUUCACCGUGUCAGGAAUACAGGUCCGGUACAUGAAAAUCAUUGAGAAAAGCGGCUAUCAGGCUCUACCCUGGGUCAGAUACAUAACACAAAGUGGAGAUUACCAGCUGAGAUCAACCUAGUAUGGUGAUGAUGUUACAAGAUCCCUUCACCCAAGUCAUCUAGAGCAGACCUGGAAGAUCAAACCCAACGGACCGUAUCACGCAAAGCUGUUUUUCACUCCUACACUCCUAUAAACAUUUAAAUGAUCUCUUUGGAUAUGAUAUUGAAUAUUAUUUUCCUGUGCACACUGUUUAACCUAGUAGGCCUACUGUUGUGUCUGGGUAGCACAUAGGGAGUAGGUUAGACUUAGGCUACACUAAAGUAUUGUCUGUUUAAAUCACUGGUCGGCUUUAUUCACAGACCCACUUUUAAAUUUUUAAUAUAUUUUGUAUGAAAUUGUCUAAAAAAAAGUUCAUGAGUUGUGUUUUAAAUGAUAUCCACAUGCUAUAGGCCUAUUAGUGUAAUUAAAUCGUGCAGAAUUAACGUUGUUUUUUUUUUACACUUUGUCUGUAACAAAAUGGACAACAACUGCUGGUUGAAAAUUAAAAUGUUUGCUGUCAUAAA